AUGAAUCCAACUGCAGUUAUCACCACCAUUAACAACACUUCAAACAAUGCAACCGCAAAACCUGAAAAUGCCACAAAUUAUUGCACUAUUAUAUCACAAAUAUACUUGCCGCCCAUACUAUGGGAUCCCUCAAUCCCAUCGAGUAUGAGUGGGUGGGCUGAUGGAAUAGAAAAUUUAUCAAUUUCUGAAAUUAAUACAAGUACUGGAAGUUCUAGACAAGGAGGUAAAUCUAGAGAUCCAGUAUGGAAUUAUUUUAAUGCAACAGAAAUUCCACAUGAUUCUUGCCUUUCGGCACAAAGUAAAUUUUGCUUCAAGCCAUGGAAGUGUGGUAAACCUUCUGACUUGAAAGGGCAUUUGACUCUGAAAUGCUCAUUGGAUAAUAGAGAAAGAGGAAAUAUUGGAAAUAAUAUAGAUCUUCAUUCUUAUUUUGACAGUGAUAGAAUAGAUGCACCAAAAAUUUCAAGAGCAAACCAAGAAAUGACAGACUAUGUUUUUAGGUUUAAUUAUAUAAUUACAAGGAACUCGGUUCUUGCCAUUAUGUUAAUAUAUCAAAUGGUUUAUCAAACUUAUCAAUUGAAUUCAAAACAACGAAUACUUGAAGGCAGUCAAACACAUUGGCCAUUAAGUUUAUUGAAAACAGUUUACAUGGGUAACCAUAUUUUUAAAAAUUUGACUUUACGUCUUAAGCGUCAAAACGGGUCAUGA